CUGGUACCCGUUGCACGGGCUGUUGUUUUUUUUCUUCUGUCGGUAAAUUGCUGAGUGGGGCGAGGCCCCGCCCUUCCGCGCCCGGCCGCCUGGCCACCCCUCCCGGGCGCCCCGGCGGGUGUUCCUUCCCGGACGGCGCUGAAGGGCCUGGCGACAGCAGCCCAUGGGACCCGAGGCGCUGCCCGCCUGGCUGCAGCCCAGGUAUAGGAAGAAUGCCUAUCUUUUCAUCUACUACUUAAUCCAGUUCUGUGGCCACUCAUGGAUAUUUACAAAUAUGACAGUCAGAUUCUUUUCAUUUGGAGAAGAUUCAAUGGUUGACACUUUUUAUGCAAUUGGACUUGUGAUGCGACUUUGCCAAUCUAUUUCCCUCUUGGAGUUGCUGCAUAUAUAUGUUGGCAUUGAAUCAAACCAUCUGCUUCCUAGGUUUCUGCAGCUCACUGAGAGAAUAAUCAUCCUCUUUGUGGUGAUCACCAGUCAAGAGGAAGUCCAAGAGAAACACGUGGUGUGCGUUUUAUUCAUCUUUUGGAAUCUAUUGGAUAUGGUUAGGUACACUUACAGCAUGUUAUCAGUCAUUGGAAUAUCCUAUGCUGUCUUGACAUGGCUCAGUCAAACACUGUGGAUGCCGAUUUAUCCUUUGUGUGUUCUCGCUGAAGCAUUUGCCAUCUAUCAGUCGCUGCCUUAUUUUGAAUCAUUUGGCACUUAUUCCACAAAGCUGCCCUUUGACUUCUCCAUCUAUUUCCCAUAUGUGCUGAAAAUAUAUCUCAUGAUGCUCUUUAUAGGUAUGUAUUUUACCUGCAGUCACCUUUACUCAGAAAGAAGAGACAUCCUCAGAGUCUUUCCUAUUAAAAAGAAGAAAAUGUGAAGCAUGGCACUCUGAUGUGACAUAAGAAAGGAAAGUCUGGAUUCAGCUGCAGUAAAUACGACACAGGAAGUAUUCUGGUGGAAAAAUACUUAGUGUUUCACAAACAUCCAUGACAUGCAAUAACUGCUCUCCUCCCCACAACUCUUGACAUAUACAGCAGUCUGUGUUUCUCACACAUUGUUUCUAGUACAUAUGCUCUUCAUGACCUGUUUCACCAAAGCUGUGAAUUUACACAAUUUAAGUCUAAGUUGUGUGAAGCCUGAUUAUUUUUCUGUAAGGUUAAUGAGAAAUAGGAUUUUGACUGGAGUAGAGUCCAUUAAACUAAGAAACCAAAGUUGUUAACCUAAAUUACAUCUAUUUACAUCUGUUUCUUUUUCAAUUCUAAGUUCCCAAGUAGCAGCUAAUCUGUGGGAGGGGAGCGAUGUGUAAUAUGUUCUGCAUUUUUCUAGAAUAACCUAUUUCAUAGACAAAUGUCACUGUCCCCAGAGUUAAUACCCACCUUAAACAUUAGACACACUUAGAAAAUUAAACAUUUUUCCAAACUCUGAAAGAGUAUUUGUUAAUAUUACACAAGUUAUUUAAACUUUAAUGGCUUAAAAUAGGACCCUGAGGAAAACAGAAUAGACCUUUGUUUUCACAAAUAAUGCUCCAUAUUCCUUUUUUUAAAAAAAUCUAAUCAAGCCAUCUUACAGUGAGAUAAGAGGUACAAAAACAUGGUAAAUCAUUUAAAGAAGGCAAGAAAAUUGAGAACUAGUGAUGCUUCAUAUUAUUUAUUACUGAAUUAUUAUUGCUAAUUGCUAUGUUGUAUAUGUCAUCACUUAUACUUUUGAAAAAUGAUCCUUUCUUUGAAGAUCUAAAAUAUAUGUGAAUAAUUGACUAAUAGAAUAAUUUCUGUAUCUUCAGUAUAUCAUUCACUUUUCUUGAGAGAAUUAUAAAAUCUUAUUAUCCAAUGACUAUUUAAAAAGUAUACUAAAUAUUUUAUGACAGUAAGAACCAAGUAAUGGAAAUGUAAUCAUAAGCAAUGGGUAAUGUUAUUUCCACUAAAUAAAACAUUUGAAAGGAAACAAUUGGGUAUUAAUAAAAAUAGUUGAUAUCUUUAUAAAGUUAUUAUAUUUGGAAUUUUUAAAUAAGUAUUAAAAUUAUCCUUUUAAGAAGCUACAUUUUAUUUUGCUUUUGUUUUUAUUGAAGUAUAGUUGACUUACAAUAUUAUGUUAGUUCAAGUGUACAGCAUAGUGAUUCAGUAUUUUUGCAGAUUAUAUGCCAUUACAGGUUAUUAUAAGAAAAUGGGUAUAAUUCCCUGUGCUAUACAGUAUAUCCUUGUUGCUUAACCAUUUUAUAUAUAGUAGUUUGUAUCUGUUAAUUGCAUACCCUUAAUUUGUCCCUUCCUCCAUAGCUCUCCUCUUUGGUAACCACAAGUUUGUUUUCUAUGUCUGUGAGUCUGUUUUUGUUUUGCACAUGUAUUCAUUUGUAUUAUUUGUUAGAUUCCACAUAUAAGUGAUAUCAUAGUGUUUGUCUUUUUCUGUCUGACUUACUUCACUAAGUAUAAUAUUCUCUAGGUCUAUCCAUGUUGCUGCAAGUGAUAGUAUUUCAUUCUUUUAUGGUUAAGUAAUACUCCAUUGUAUAUGUACAGCAGGUCUUCUUAAUCAUCUGUUGAUGGUCAGUUGGGUUGCUUACAUGUCUUGACUAUUGUAAAUAGUGCUGCUAUGAACAUCAGGGUGCAUAUAUCUUUCUGAAUUAGUGUUUUCAUUUUUUGUGGAUGUAUACCCAAGAGUGGAAUUGCUGGGUCAUAUGGUAGUUCUAUUUUUUAAUUUUCUAAGGAAUGUCCAUACUCUUUUCUAUAGUGGCUGCACCAAUUUACAUUCCUACCAAUUGUGUACGAGGGUUCCCUUUCCUCCACAACCUCGCCAACAUUUGUAAUUUGUAGACUUUUUGAUGAUGGCCAUUCUGACUGGUGUGAGGUAGUGUCUCAUUGUGGUUUUGAUUUGCAUUCCUCUAAUAAUUAGUGACAUUGAGCAUCUUUUCAUGUGCCUAUUAGUCAUCUGUAUGUCUCUUUAGAAAAAACCUCUAUUCAACUCCUACCAAUUUUUUGAUUGGAUUGUUUUCUGAUGUUGAGUUGUAUGAGCUGUUUGUAUAUUUUGGAUAAAUAGCCCUUGUCAGUCACAUCAUUUGCAAAUAUUUCUUCCCAUUCAGUAGGUUGUCUUUUCAUUUGUUGAUGGUUUCCUUUGCUGUGCAAAAGUUUUUAAGUUUAACUAGGUCCCAUUUGUUUGUUUUUGCUUUUGUUUCCUUUGCUUUAGGAGAAAGCAAAAAAAUAGUGCUACGAUUUAUGUCAAAUAGUAUUCUGCCUAUGUUUUCUUCUAGGAAUUUUAUGGUUUCCAGUGUUAUGUUUAGGUCUUUAGUCCAUUUUGAGCUUAUUUUUGUAAUGGAGUGAGGAAAUGUUAUAAUCUCAUUGUUUUACAUAUAGCUGUCCAUUUUCUCCAGCACCACUUAUUAAAGAGACUGUCUUUUCUCCAUUGUAUAUUCUUGCCUCAUGUGUCAUAGAUUAAUUGACCAUAACUGCAUGAGUUUAUGUCUGGGUUCUCUAUUCAGUUACAUUGAUCUAUGUGUCUUUUUUUGUGCCAGUACCAUGAUGUUUUGAUUAUUGUAGCUUUGUGGUAUAGUCUGAAGUCCUGGAGGGUGAUACCUCCAGGUUUGUUCUUUUUCCUCAGUGUUGCUUUGGCAAUUUGGGGUUAUUUUGUGGUUCCAUAUUAAUUUUAGGAUUAUUUGUUAUAGUUGUGUGGGAAAUGUCAUGGGUAUUUUGAUAGGGAUUGUGUUAAAUCUGUAGAUUGCUUUGGCCAUUUUAACAAUAUUAAUUCUUCUAAUGAGAAAGCACAGUAUAUCUUUGCAUUUCUUUGUAUCAUCUUCAUUUUCUUUCAUCAGUGUUUUAUAGUUCUCAGAGUAUAGGUCUUUUACCUCCUUGGUUAAAUUUAUUCCUAGGUGUUUUUCUUUUUGAUGUGAUUUUAAACAGGCUUAUUUUUUCUCUCUUUCUCAUGGUUCAUUAUUGGUGUAUAGAAAAGCAACAGAUUUUUGUAUAUUAAUCUUGUAACCUGCAACUUUACUGAAUUCAUUUAUUCUAACAGUUUUUUGGUGGAGACUUUGGGGUUUUUUAUGUACAUAGUAUCAUGUCAUCUAUAAAUAGUGACAGUUUUACUUCUUUCUUUACAGUUUGGAUGCUUUUUUAUUUCUUUUUCUUGUCUGAUUGCUGUGGCUAGAAAUUCCAAUACUGUGUUAAUAGCAGCAAUGAGAGUGGGCAUCCUUGUCGUGUUCCUGAGUUUAACAGGAAUACUUUCAUCUUUUCACCAUUGAGCAUUACAUUGGCUGUGGGUUUCUUGUAAAUGGCCUUUAUUACAUUGAGAUAUGUUUCCUCUGUACCCACUUUGCUGAGCGUUUGUAUCAUGAAUGGUUGUUGAAUUUUGUCAAAUGCUUUUUCUAUGUCUAUUGAGAUGAUCAUAUGAUUUUUAUCUUUCCUAUUUUUUUAGUACAGUGUGUCACAUUGAUUUGUGUUUGUUGAAACAUCCUUGUGACCCUGGAAUAAAUCCAACUUGAUCAUGGUAUGUGAUUCUUUUUAUGUAUUGCUGGAUUUGGUUUGCUAAUGUUUUGUUGAGGAUUUUUGCAUCUAUAUUCAUCAAAGAUAUUGGCCUAUAAUUCUCUCUCUCUCUUUUUUUUUAUAGUGUCUGGUUUUGAUAUCAGGGUAAUGGUGGCCUCACAGAAAGAAUUUGAGACUGUUCUCUCCUCUUCAAUUUUUUGGAAUAGUUUGAUAAAGAGAGGUAUUAGUUCUUCUUUAUAUGUUUGGUAAAAUUCCCCUGGGAGGUGGUCUGGUCCUGUACUUUUGUUUGCUGGGAGGUUUUUCAUUACAGAUCCAAUUUUGCUUCUAAUGACAAGUCUGUCAAAUUGUCUGUUUCUCUUGACUCAGUCUUGGCAGGCUGUAUAUUUUUAGAAAUUUGUCCAUUUCUCCUAGGUUGUCCAAUAUGUUGGCAUAUAACUGUUCAUAGUAUUCUCUUAUGAUUUUUUGUAUCUCUGUGAUAUGGGUUGUUAUUUCUCCUUUUUCAUUUUUUAUUUUGUUUAUUUAUUUUGUUUUACUCUGUCUUUUCUUCUUGGUGAGCCUGGCUUAAAGGUUUAUAAGUUUUGUUUAUCUUUUUAAAAAGCCAGCUCUUGGUUUAAUUGAUCUUUUCUAUUGCUUUUUUUAACCUCUGUUUUAUUUGUUUCCUCUCCAAUCUUUAGUAUUUCCUUCCUUCUGUUGACUUGAAGCUUUGUUUGUUCUUCUUUUUCUAAUUCUUUUAGGUGACAGGUUAAGUUGUUUAUUUGAGAUUUUUCUUAGUUCUUGAGGAAGGCCUGUAUUAUUAUGAACAUUCCUCUUAAAUGUCCUUUGGCUACAUCCCAUAGAUUUUGUAAGGUUGUGUUUUUAUUUAUGUCUGUCUCAAAGUAUUUUCUGAUUUCCUCUUUGAUUUCAUUGUUGAUCCAUUGGUUUUUCAGUAGCAUGUUGUUUAGUCUCCACAUCUUUGUUCUUUUCUCAUUUUUCUUUCUAUAGUUAACUUUCAGUUUCAUACUGUUGUGGUCAGAAAAAAUGCUUGUUAUAAUUUUUAUCCUGUUAAAUUUGUUAAAGCUUAUUUUGUAAGGUAGUAUGUGUUCCAUCCUGGGUAAUGUUCCAUGUGCACUUGAAAAGAAUGUGUAUUCUGCUUUCUUCAGAUGUAACGUCCUAUGGAUAUCAAUUAAGUCUAACAGUCUGUUGUGUCAUUUAAGAUGUCUGUUGCCUUAUUGAUUUUCAGACUGGAUAAUCUGUUCAUUGAUGUCAGUGAGGUAUUAAAAUCUCCUACUAUUAUUGUAUUACUGUCAAUUUCUCCCUUUAUGUCUGCUAGUAUUUACUUUAUAUAUUUAGGUGCUGCUCUAUUGGAUGCAUAUAUGUCAAUGAAUGUAAUAUCCUCUCUGUAUUGAUCCCUUUAUCAUUAUAUAAUGCCCUUCUUUAUCUUUUGUUAUAACUUUGGGGUUUUUUAGAAAAUAAAAUUUUUCUAUUAGUUAUCUAUUUUAUACAUAUUAGUGUAU